AUAGAGCAUAACGUUACUGUCGUCCAGCAGAUCAUUGAUGCCUACUGCCCAAUAAAAGAUGGAAACAGACAGUGUGAACCUUGCCUAGAUGGCUGGAAAUACCACCAGUCCAGCUGUUAUGCAAUCUAUAACCCUGGCACUGGUCAGAAAACCUGGGAGGAAGCUCAAGAGAUCUGCAGAAGAUGGAGUUCAGACUUGGCUGUAAUAGUUAAUGAAGAUGAAAAGAAAAUCAUCAGUGAUUACAGUUGGAGAAGUGCAGGAGACACUGGCUACUGGAUUGGACUGAGAGCUGAAGCAGGGAAAUGGAAGUGGAUCGAUGGAAGUGAUCUGACUAAAAAAUCCUGGAUGACACAACCUGCUAACAACGGCCUCUGUGCAAUUUCUGUCCGAAACCAAGGAUUGAAAUCAGUGUGGUGUGGAAACAGAAACGGUUGGAUCUGCAAAAAGGCAGCUUUAUGGAGGUUAUCAGAGUUGGUGGAGAGGAAACCAGAGCUGAAAGAGGACUGA